GUUAGUAUGGACCAAAGUGUAAAAUUAAAUCGCCUGUUUCUUCUAGUGACUUUUCAUUGACAAUAUAACCAUCAUUAACAUAGGCUAUUGGUGUUUAUGAUAGCACACAUGCCAAUGCACUGCAAAAGAAAAGCAGACCAAGCUUCUUAUGGAAGUAUUGAAUAAUGACGUUUCUCUCUGGAUUGAUAGCUUUGCUGGGAUUAAUUCAUCUUAGCUCUCAAAGCGAAGACAAAUUAAAGUCAGCUUCCAUGGCAACUGAUUGGGAGUCCGCACAAAACAAGUGUAUAAAUGACAAUCGUAUUUUGAUGUCAGAGAUGCCAAGUGCUAUUUUUUUGGCAAAUGUCAAGCCUAGUGAAGUCGUCUGGGUCAACGCCAAGGUGACAAGGAUCGAAUAUGCUAGUGGUCAAAUUGAGCACUUGAAGAUAGCCUAUAUGCCCUCGGAGAGAUACCUAGGAAACUGCAUAUGCGUGUCCUCUAGUCAUAACCGGCAAAGUAUAUAUACGUGUACCCAAACAAAAACGUCCAUUAACUGGAUAGAGGCCCGCCAGAAGUGCACGUUCAAUGGGGACACGUGGGAUCCAUUGCCGAGUCACAGCAUCAAAAACGCUGUUGCAAUGUUGGUCAAAGGCCCAGCUGUCUGGCUGUCGAAGUAUACAACCGGCAAAAUAGAUGGUUUAAAUGAUUCAGUUUCAAAAUGUGUUGGCUUUCAACGUUUAGGUGACGGUACAUUUGUAGAACGCCUUGACAACUGCUCUAACCCUCACAGUUACUUGUGUGCCGAAAACAGGGAUAGUUAUGCUCCCACCUUGACCCGUCUUGAAACACCGAUCCCAGAGCUUAGCAUCGAUGGUGAUUUUUUCCCCGGUUCUUCUCAAGAUCAAAUUAGAAAGUUGAGUGGUGCCAUUGCCUGUGGAGUAGCAGGAUGUAUCGUGAUCGUGAUUGCCGCCGUCGGGGCCGUCUAUGGUUACCGGCGACAUCAACGCCGACGACAGUACCGGCAGAGUCUCAGGCGAUUCCGAAACAAACAGACGAUCAUAAGCACGAACACACGUCCACGAGCCUCUGACAUUGACAAGGCACGCUCUCUGACGCUAGACAGCUCGGCCGUACAAUGCAAAAUUAGUUAUGAGGACUGCACAGGCAAGAAGUAUGCCACACUACAGGGUGAGGUCGCCCGCGAGUGUAAGGGGCGCCUGAACAGCCAGGGUUAUGUCAACGAGAUUGAACCCAAUGUGGACAGUAUGGACCUAGAGAAAUACGAGGAGUUCAGUCCGUCUUGCAAUAAGUUUCACACACUUGAACCUGGUAAAGAAGUCUACAAAAACACGCGCCCCAAAAAAGCCUCCAUCCACGCGGAUGAGAAGGCCUUUGCCAACACCGCGGUGGAUGACUGCUAUGGGGGGAAGGGUAAACCUAUUUUAUCCAAGAAAACACGUGGUGCUAAACAACAGCCUGAACAGGCAACACCGGUUGGAAAUGAUGACUCUGAAAACGGAAUAGCUAAGUUGAACUAUGACGUUCCCCCAAGGCGACAGAAGGGACAGUUUGGUCUAAAAUGCGGUAAAGCUGCGGGUAACAAACAGAGGGAGAUGACCACCGAGUUUCCUCAGAAACAAGGAGAAGGACAAGAGGACGCAGAGUCACAGGACGCUAAAUUGGAUGAUCUGGAGAGUUAUGAAAAUUUACACUUGGGCGCAAUCAAAGGGACGUUAAAGAUUUGAAUGAACUGGAAACUUUGAAGAUAUGAAAACUUUGCCAAACAAACAAAAUAACUCUAAAUGUUGAUGAUUUUAUUUUUUAUGGUCCAUAAGUGUCGAAUAUUUAUUCCUAAAAAUAUCUUAUUUUGUUAGUCGUUAUGUUGACUUGUAUUUUGUGUGUGAAUACCAUUUUUAAUUGUGUUACAAGACGUAAAUAUUAUAUUAAUAUGAAUGUCAGUAACGUGUAUAUGGUAUUUUUGCAUUUCAUUGAACAUGUUUUUUCGUGAAAUUGCAGUGUAUGGCACCCCACCUCCCAAUAGCAGAAUAUUUGCUUACGCUGUAACUUUAAAUAGCUAUUUAUAAAAAUCAUUUAAUUAAAAAUGUUGUACCUGAUUUACAAAGUGUUAGUGUAAACAUGUUUACGUUUUUAAAAAAACUUAACGACCAAUAAUGAAAUAUGUAUAACAUAUUGUU